AUGGGUUUCUGUGUUUCUCAGAACAGUGACACCGUUGAUUUACUCAGGAGAAUCAUAAAAGAACUGUAUCGAGAAAAAAGGGACGUCACUCCGGCGGACAUCAACCUCAUGGAUUACAGGAGGCUGGUUGAGACACUACGCACACAUUUGCAGCAGAAAAGGUAUCUAAUUAUCUUAGAUGAUGUGUGGCGUACAGAUGUUUGGAAUUAUGUUAGUACUGCAUUGUUUGAUAAUAAUUCUGGGAGCAGAGUAGUUAUCACCACCCGGAACCAGGAUGUAGCUUCAAUUGCAGUUGAGAGCCGAGUUUUAAGACUGGAGCCUUUAGAAGAACAUGAGGCUUGGACUCUCUUCUGUAGAAACGCGUUUCGUAGAGAGAAGGAAAAACAAUGCACUCCGGAGCUGGAGUAUUGGGCUAGGAAAAUUGCUAGCAAGUGUCAAGGCUUGCCGUUGGCCAUAGUGUCUAUAGGCAACCUUCUAUCAUUAAAGGAACGGAAAGAAUUGGCAUGGAGGUAUGUUCAUGAUGCCCUGGUUUGGGAACAAAGUGAUAUUCCGGAGGUCCAAAAGGUAUCCACUAUCCUGAACUUCAGCAUCAAUGAUCUACCCUAUUAUCUCCGGAGCUGUUUGUUACACUGCAGCCUAUACCCAGAUGAUUAUGAGAUGGAAAAAAACACAUUGAUCAGAUUAUGGGUGGCAGAAGGUUUUGUCGAAGAACUAGGAGAGAGCACAAUGGAGGAGGUGGCUCUGGACUACCUCAACCAACUCGUCGGCCGAUGUAUGCUCCAGGCAAAACAUACCGAUUACAUUGCAAAGACCGAUUGCUUCAAAGUUCAUCAUCUCGUGAGGGACUUGAUCAUGGCUAAAUCAAGAAAUGAGAGUUUUUGUGAGGUGUAUGACAAGGAAAUAGAAGGCAGGUCAAGUGAUAAAGUUCGACGUCUUUCAGUUACAAACAUGAAAGAUUACUGGUUCAGCACGGAGAAGCCACAACUGCGCUCCUUACAUGUGUUCUCCCCAGUUCCGUUCCACUUAUCUUUCUCGAGCUUGAGGUUAUUGAGGGUUUUAAAUUUGAAUCAUACUUGUAUAGAGAGACUCCCAGAUGCACUAAUCUAUCUUUUUAACCUACGCUUCCUGAGUUUACGGUACACUAUGGUUAGAGAGCUGCCUGAAGCCUUAGGUAAGCUGUGGAAGCUAGAAAUUUUGGAUACUCGGUACAGCAGGGUGGACAAAUUACCAAGUGGAAUAACAAAGUUGGAAAACCUGCGGCACUUGAUGGUUGAUAAUUUCUUUGAAAGUAAUUCUAGAUAUUAUGAGGACGUUCUCGGUUUGCAAGUUCCAAAAGGUAUAUGGAACUUGAAGCGCCUUCAAACAUUGAAGACCGUGGCGGCCCAUGAAGGAAUGAUACAGCGUCUGGAUAAUUUGACCCAGAUGAGAGUUUUAGGAAUAUCCGAUGUUACAAGCAUCCAAUGCAUGGGUCUGUCCACCUCCAUAUCAAAGAUGAAAGUCCUCCGUGGCUUGGUGGUUUACACUAAAUACAAGACAGAGAUGUUGCGGCUGGAAGCUCUCUCCCCACCACCGCUUCUUCGAAAGCUCAGUUUGGGUGGGAAGCUGGAGAAGGGGGUGCUACCUUGCUGGCUUGGCUCUGUCACAAAUCUGAGCAAGUUGAGAUUGAGACAAUCAGGGCUUAAAGAAGAUUCACUUUUCUCACUCUCUAUGUUGCCCAACCUGGAAUAUCUCAGUCUUGAGGAGGCAUACGAAGGAGAAAAGUUACACUUUCACGGAAGAUGGUUCCCUAAGCUUAAAAUACUCUGGUUUCGCGACAUGGCCCAUCUCAGUUGCAUCGAAAUAGAAAAGGAGGCUCUCACAAACCUCCGUAGCUUAAUUCUGGUCGGUUGCAGAGAGUUGAAGAUGCUGCCAUUGGGUAUCGAAAACCUCAGCCAUCUUCAGAAAUUGGGAUUCGACAGCAUGCCAAAUAAGCUACUCCAGAAGCUGCGCCCAGGUGGGGAGGAUCGCCAAAAGGUUAGUCACAUCCCCAUCGUCAGGAGCUGGGUCAUGAGGGAAGACAAAUGGAUCGAGGAAAGUCUUUCCUGA